ACUAAAUAAUAUCAUUUGUUGGCCUAUACUAAGGAGACCGGUAUAGAGAACCUGGCUGGAGCAAGAGUUGACCACAAUUUCUCCAUGCCUACUAUAUCUCCCAAAUAUACAGGAGAAUAUCCACUUUGCCAUGUGUCAGUCAAACUCAAGGGAUGACGAUAGAAGCUAAUACGCCGAGUUGUGGAAACAAUUUCUAUAAUCUGUCACGUGACAUAGUAAUAAUCACUGGCUUUAUAAUGAAGAGGUGGACGUAUUUCAGGGCACGCAAGAGAGAGAGGAGGGAGGAGAUAAAGAGAGGGUGAGAUAAGACAAUAAGGCAGGUAGAGAGAGUGUUCGGAUGAGAUUGCAUCAGGUAAGUAAAGCAACGUUAUUUUCAGUUACAGUGCUCUUGUCGGUUACCAUAUAAUUUCAGAGUAUCUGCAUAUGAGUAUCUGCACAUGACGACAAUCAAAUAUCGAGGAAAAAAUAUAUUGUAAAUGCAUUACAUUCAGUGUGUUAAUUCUCUAUUCUGUGUUACAUUAAUUAUUUAGGCAAUUAAUAAACAGGUUGUCACAACACUGCCAUUUGUGCGUAAAGCAGCUGACCUCAGGUCGCUUAAUUUCUGGUUCUAGUUAAUUGCUCUCCACUCUCCCUCGCUCCAAAUUCUAAUAUUUCAUUCAUGAGCACCGACGUCGUACUAUUCAUAUUCUAAAUGGUAAAAUGACUCACAUCUACAUGGACCACAUCCUAUAAAUACGGAUUAUACUCCCUAUUGGUCAUCUGUGCACAGGCUGACCCAACAAGAGGAGGAAAUUGAAGAUUAACCUUCGUGUAACAGCCAAGAGAGAAGACUUGUGCAAACAAACAACAAUAGAAGCAACAGAAGAAUAUCGAAGUAAUCCAACUGGAGUUAUAAAAGUUGUAAAAUGUCUCUAGUGGGCGCCCUGCCUUUCCUGAAACCGCGCCUAUCCCCUUCUGUUUCUCCUGGGCGCCAAAGAAGACACACACUGCCAGCAAGCGAGUUCCGGCCGCUCAACACUCAAGAUGCUAUCAGCGUGUUCGAAAUCGAGAAAGAGGCCUUUAUCUCUGUGUCAGGAGACUGCCCGCUCCACCUUGAUGAGGUGCGUCAUUUCCUCAUGCUGUGUCCAGAGCUGUCCAUGGGCUGGUUUGAGGAGGGGAGACUAGUAGCCUUCAUCAUUGGGUCCCAAUGGGACCAGGACAGACUCACCCUAGACGCCCUAACUCUUCACAAGCCCAAAGGUUCCACAGUUCAUAUCCAUGUGCUGGCGGUCCACCGGACAUUCCGGCAGCAGGGCAAGGGCCCUAUCCUGAUGUGGCGCUACCUGCAGUACCUACGCUGCCUGCCCUAUGUGCGCCGUGCAGUGCUCAUGUGCGAGGACUUCCUGGUUCCCUUCUACCAGAAGUCUGGCUUCAAGGUGCAGGGCCGCUGUUCCAUCACGGUGGCAUCACUAACCUUCACAGAGAUGCAGUACCCUGUGAGGGGCCAUGCCCUGAUGCGGCGCAACAGUGAAGCUAUUGGUUUUUCUCAGACUGCGUUAUUAUUGGAGAAACAGACUCAGAGGCUUGAGUCUGUGUUAUUAUUGGAGGAACCGAUUCAGAGGAGUGAGACUGCAUUAUUAUUGGAGGAACAGACUCAGAGGACUGAGCCUGAGCCUGCUGAUGUGUAAAUCUUUUUUUACUGAGUAAGAUAUUAGAUUCCUGCUGUACAUAUAAACUAUGAUGUAAAAUAAAGUGAUGUAAACAUUUACAUUUAUAUCUAAGAUGGUAGUCUAAAGUGCACACCAUACAUGCAUGACCAAUGCAGGGAGUCUUUAAGCUUUAUUACAAUGUUUUAAUUUAACGUUAGUUAAUAUGUGAAUAUUUCAACGUUAACUAGGUACAUGCUAAUGAAUGUUAGAACAAAUAUUGUGUGACUUCUGUCUGUGUGAGAUUAUAUUUUUACUGCAAAUGUUCCCGUUUUAUUUAUUGUAAGUUUUGUCUGAAGGUUUGGGUUGCAAGCACCCUCCUCUCUGACGGUAUAUGGACUGACGUCACUGACUACCAGGCUUUAGCAGCUCAACCGUGCCUCUUUAUCUCUAUUAGUGGGCAUUAGGUAUACUGUAAACGUCUGAGGAUUUACAAGAGGAUCCUUUCAUUGGACUGCCAGUAGAUCUAGUGACUUAACAAGCCCGUUUUCAUACGAUGAGAAAAGUAGGCUACAUCCACACCAAUUUGGAUUACUGUUUGUCUAUUCAUUUCCCUUUGGGUCACAUGUGCAGAGCGUUAAUCAAACCAUGUAAUAUCUUCUCUUACUCCACCAGAACCUGUCUUACCCUUGAAACCAAUCAUAUAUUUAAUAAAUAUGUUUUUGUACUGUUUUUGUUAUUAAAAAAUAUAAUAAAGAUGA